CUUGGCCUUUGUUUGCUAGUUGUAACGGCGACGACUUUCUAAUAGAAGCUUGGAAAUCUGGUGAUACAAGAACAUUCAUAUCCCACCAAAACAUAAUCAAAUUACCUGUUCCAGGGCCAAAUACGAAGAAACAAAGAUUUUGGAAUGUCAAAGAAAUGAAUACAUUGCGCGAUAGCCUGGCCAGCAUUCCUGGUGCUGUGCAAAAUUUAGCCACAGCUGCAUCGAACUACUAUGUGGCAGCUAGAAAUAGUCAAGGUCAAAACGAUUCUUUGUCUACAGCAGCGGAAGAUCGUCUGAGUGCGUCAUCUACACCAACAACAGAGUCCUUGCAUAGUUUUAACGAAAUCGAUUCUGCGUCAGGAGCCAUACUAGUGAGUGAAAAAUCUUUGCCCAUACCGGCUUCAUUGGUUAAGGAGCAGUGGCGUUUGAUAUUUAACUCUGAGGCCAGUGUUCAAGAUCUGCAGGAAGCCAUCAACCAUUGCAAAGAUUUGGUGCUGAUUUCCGAGGAGAAUAGUGAAGAACGUAGAUGGCUGGUUAGGCAUUUGGUGGACCUCAGGUAUUCCCUGGAAGAAUUACAAGAGGCUCAAAGCGAUAAACUGGAGGUGGGACCAACAGUUAAGACGGUUGUGGGUCAUCACUUUACAGCGCGUCAAAGAGGCAUUGGCAAAACACUACCCUUACCCACCCAGCGAAAUUAUUGUGAUUAUUGCACGGGCAUUAUUUGGAGUGUGGUCCAGGCAUCCUAUUUUUGUACCGACUGUCGUUAUAUGGCCCAUCAAAAAUGUGUUGACAAAGUUACUAGAGUGUGCGCACAUGUUAUAGCUUCCGAACGCCAAUAUCCCAUUUUGGAAAUUUGUCCCGAAAUUGGUCUGGCUGCCCAACAAUACAAGUGCAUGGAAUGUCAAACGUUGCUUAAUUGCACCUUGCAUACAACCAUACAAUGUUUUGGAAGAAAAUCCAAACCUGAAAACUCCUGGAUUGAACCAAGACUAUGUGAUUAUACAGGUCUGUAUUUCUGUCCUUCGUGCCAUUGGAAUGAUCAGAGUGUGAUUCCAGCUCGUGUUGUACAUAAUUGGGAUUUUUUGCCUCGAAAAGUUUCCCGUUCAGCCUUGCAAGAAAUCCAGUUAUUUCUGGAUAAACCUUUGAUACGUCUUGAAGAAGCCAAUCCGAAGUUAUUUGUCUUCCUUGAAAAAUUGGCCACGGUAAAGAAACUACGUACAAAUCUGGUAUAUAUGAGAAAAUAUUUGUCAGAAUGUCGGCAGGCAUUGGAAGAUAAGAUACUAGAAACUCAAAUAGGUCAUCGUCGUUACCUAAUACAGUCCAAUGAAUUAUAUUCCAUCAACGAUCUGGAACAAACUGAAAAUGGUACACUAGCAGAUUAUCUCCAUAAAGUCUUCAAUUGUUUCGACAAGCAUAUACGCAGCUGUUCCAUGUGCAUGGCCAAGGCCUACAUCUGUGAAAUUUGUAGCAAUGACGAAGUUAUAUUUCCCUUCGAUGAUGGUUGCAUUAUUUGUGACAUGUGUAAUUCUAUAUAUCAUCGUGUUUGUAUGACUCGUAAAAAUAUGAUUUGUCCAAAAUGUGUUCGUGUCCAAGAAAGACGAUUACAAAGGGAACGAAGUAUAGAAAGUAAAGAGAAUAAUGAAAAUAAUCCAAAUAAUGCUAGACCUAACGAUAUAUAACUUUUAAUAAUAUAUAUUUGUUCAUGUGAUGUUUGUAUAUAAAUAAGAAUAUAUACAGACGUGUGGUAUAGAAAGUAUAUUUUUUGUAAUGUAAGCUUUAAUGUGUAAUACUAAUUUUUACUUCUUAACUAUAAAUAAAUAUGUAUAUAACUUAAUCUAACCUAUAAA